AUGAAGACGCCGCUCUUCGGUGCGGCAGCGGCAUUGGCCAUACUCUUCACCCGUGUUCUCUGCCUCGUCGAGUCGUUUGACUAUGUCAUCGUCGGCGCCGGAACGUGCGGCCUCUUGGUGGCCAACAGGCUCUCGCAGGACCCGGACACGACCGUCGCCCUCAUUGACCCCGGUGCGGACGAGCGAAACAACUCGCUGGUCAGCGACCCAACCCUAUUUACUCGCGUCUUCCUGUCCCAGAACCUCGACUGGGCGUAUCCCAGCGUUCCUCAGGCUGGUGCCGCGGGGCGCGUCCUCACGUCCCAUGCCGGCAAGGGCAUAGGAGGCUCGAGUCUCAUCAAUGGCAUGGUGUAUAUCCGCGGCGACAAGGCCCAGUUUGACGCCUGGGAGGAGCUGGGCAACCGCGGCUGGAACUGGAACCUGUUUCUGCGCUACUACAAGAAGCUCGAGAGGCUGUUUCCGCCGGAGCCUUGGCAAGUCGACGUCGGGGCGUCGGUAAGGCCCGAGAACCACGGCUACGAAGGGGACCUCCACGUCGGGUUCGUGCCGGCCCUGCAAAACGGCUCUUUCUACCACCGCGUGAGGGCGUCGUGGGGGGCGCUUGGCCAGGGCGUCAACAGAGAUACGCUGGACCCCGGGCAGAACCGGCGAUGGGACGCGGCCACGGCCUAUUUCUGGCCCGUCGCUGGACGUCCUAACCUGCAUCUGCUCAACGGCACGGCUACGAGAGUCUUGUGGAAGGCCGGGGGAGUCGGCGCCGAGGCCGAGGGCGUCGAGUACGUGACGCCCGGCAAGGAGCGCCGAAUGGUCUGCGCCAAGCGCGAGGUCAUUCUCUCGGCCGGCGCACUCCGCACGCCUCUCAUUCUCGAGCGCUCUGGCGUCGGAAAUCCGCGGCUGUUGCGGGGCCGGGGUAUCGAGCCGGUCGUCGACUCGCCCGGCGUGGGCGAAAACUUGAUUGAACAACCCAACCUGUCGCUCAUCUACGCAAGCAAGCAGAAGCUCGAUGGCGCCAGUCCCUACGCCGCCUUUGUCUCGGCCCGCGACCUCUUUGGCAGCAGCGUCGGCGAGGUGGCGGCCCGCUCGCGGCGCAGUCUCGGCCAGUGGGCCCGGCAGGUGGCCCGGAGGAACGGCGGCGGGCCCGGCGCGGCGGCGGCGCUGGAGCGAAUCUUCCGGAUCCAGCACGGCCUCAUGUUCGACAAGGAGACGACGAUAGCCGAGUACAUGACGACGGCCUUUGGAGACAGGCUCGUGGCCUCCUUCUGGGCGCUGCAGCCCUUUAGCCGGGGCAGCGUCCACAUCCGGCCCUCCGGCGCCGGCGGCGACAACGGCACAGCCGCCGUUCCGGACGCGCCGGCCAUCGACACGCAGCUCCUGACCGUCGACCUGGACACCACGGUGCAAGUCGCAGCCGGCCGCGUGGCCGCGCAGUUCUGGAGCACGGCGCCCGUCAGCGACCUCGUGGCCGACGCCCUGGCACCCAACGCCAGCGACCAGCUGCCGCUGCCGCCAGGGGGGGAGGCAACAGACGCGCAGUGGCGGCGCUGGGCGCGCGGCGCCGUCGUGACCAACUCGCACCCGCUCGGCACGGCGGCCAUGAUGGCGCGGGAGCUGGGCGGCGUCGUGGACCCGAGCCUGGCCGUCUACGGCACGGCGCGGCUGAGGGUCGUCGAUGCGUCGGUGCUGCCGAUGCAGCCCAGCGGACACUUGACGGCGACGCUGUAUGCCGUGGCGGAGAGGGCGGCGGAGAUGAUCCAGGCCGAGGGACGGUGGUGA